GGGGCGGGCGCCUUCAGGCGCGGGAGAGGCGGGAGUGGCGGCUCAAGUGGGGAUUGUAACCGUUGUCUGCCCGCCUGCUUACCCACGGCCAAGUUCAGCCGGCAUCUGCGCCCGACACACACCAGAAACAAAAGGACAGUGGUUCUGUCUGCUUGGUGCCAAGAUGCAGCUUCAUAAGCAGGAUGUGGUGAGCUGUCCCCAACAGAGUGAAGUCACAAAGAAGCCAGGCAGCCACUAGCUGGGAGCCCUCAGCCUUCCCUGGCUUCCAGGGUGUUUCCCACUUCCUAGGAGCAGCAAUGGAAAAGCCUGCAGGCAGGAAAAAGAAGACCCAGGCCCCAAAGGAGGAAGCAGGUGCGCAAAAGGCCACUGCCAAAGGAGAGAAAGCACCCCGGGGGAAAAAGCCAACCAAGAGGAGGCCCCGGAAGCCCCGCAAACAGACUGUCCUGAGUCCCGAAGAUGAGGCGCAUAUCUUUGAUGCCUUCGAUGCCUCGUUUAAAGAUGACUUUGAGGGUGUCCCCGUGUUUGUUCCUUUUCAGAGGAAGAAGCCCUAUGAGUGUGGUGAGUGCGGACGAAUCUUUAAACACAAGACAGAUCACAUUCGCCACCAGAGAGUUCACACUGGAGAGAAGCCCUUUAAGUGUGACCAGUGUGGGAAGACCUUCAGGCAUAGCUCCGAUGUCACCAAACAUCUGAGGAUCCACACCGGUGAGAAACCCUUCAAAUGUGGGGAGUGUGGAAAGGCCUUCAACUGUGGCUCCAAUCUUCUGAAACACCAGAAAACGCACACUGGAGAGAAGCCUUAUGGCUGUGAGGAGUGUGGAAAAUCCUUCGCCUAUAGCUCCUGCCUCAUCCGGCAUCGGAAGCGUCAUCCGAGGAAGAAGCACUGAGCAGGGGGGCAGCCUACAACUAUAGAUCUUUUUCAAACAUCAGAUGUUGGUCUAGGUUUCCGGUGCAGUGUGCUACUGAUGGCUCAUCUGGCUGCCUCUCCCUGUCAUCGAAAGGAAAAUCCACCCAUCAGACGUAAGAACCCACAGAGGCUUUCUGCCCUGUGAAUCCUCACUUGGUGGUAACACGGUGCUCCCUGGGGCUUCCUGCAGCUCCAGCCAUUUUCCAGACUACUUCAUUCUACUCAGGACCGUCUUUGGAACAGCUUUGGGUCACUGAGAACUUACAGCUAAAGAGACACCCCUCUUGGCAAGGGCCAGCUGCCUCCCUCUGCUGCCUCUGCCUGCAUCAUCCACUAUGUGAUUGUCAGUUCUUCUGAAGGCAUCUGGCUCUGGAUGCCUGGGCCCAUGAAGUCUGCUAGGGGCAAGGACCCCUGAGGUGGAUGGCAGGUAGCACUCUGAGCAGCUCUGAGGACCCAGGUCCCCUUGGACAGCACCAGAGCUUGCUCAUCUCUACAGCUGACUUUGGUGAUCUUGAAAUUUCUCUUUUGCUGAACCAACAGUCUCUGAGCUCAGCCCCAGUGCCUGAAACUGGACUGACUGCACUGUGUACCCUUGUCCCAGCCACCAUCGUAGACAAGUAGCCUCGACUCAAAGUGGCCUCAGUGGACCCUUGCACCCUGCCAUAGUGGUAGAUUGUUUAAGCUAGGCCUUGUAGCUCCAGGGUGUCAGCAGCAGCUUCCACCCACUGUACCUUCAGAAACAACUGUGGCCCUGCCCCGUGGCAGCCCACCAUUCACGUCAGCUCCACUUCCUGCCUGUCACCAGGACAAGACAAUGUGGUUGUGCCUGCCCUCUGUCCCAGGUGCUCUAUGAGGUCUGUGUUCUAAGGACAGCAAAGUGAUGCUGACCAGAGGGGAUGCAUAGGACAGAGCCCAGACACAGAAUGCCAUGUAGUCAAAUACCUGGCCGCAGGCUGGAAGACACCUGCAGCAGUGCCUGGGUGACAGAGUCCAGUCAUCCCUCCAGCGAACAGUCACCCAACCAAAGCAGCAAGAGGAGGUCAUGGUGCAGCCCCAGCAGAAGUAGGAGCGUGUCAGACCUGCUGCUUGUACUAAGUGCACACGUGUGCCCCUAGGCUGCUAGUGCAGAUCUUCCUAGAAAGAAGCUCAGAGAAGUCAAGAGAAUCAGUGUCUACCUCCACCACAGGGCACUGAGAUGCCCACUGGGUCAUGCACCAGGAAGGCUGUCAUCACAGAAUCCAUUGGCAACAGGAAAGCUGUAGGUGGAUGAGCUCAGGGAGGCCUUCUGGACGCCGUGUAGUAACAGGGCACUUUGACUUGCCCCUACCCUGAAGUUAAGUGGCUACAUCACUUCAUUCACCAGUGACCCUUCGUUCUGGCUCACUGUCAGCCUUCUGGAGAGUCCCCAGCACCAGCUCUUUACUUCAGUGAGACACUCUGAACAGCCACCUGGGAACAGACGAAAUGCUCAGAACCUUCUAGAUGUCUUGAGAUGUGUCCUGGGGCAAUGAAGAGCACUCUAGCAGUGUAUUGGGAUUCUAAUUACAGAAGCAUACUCAGCUGCAGCUAGAAAUUUCUGAGAGGUACGAGGCAGCUGCACUCGGCAGCACCUCAGCUGCCACCUGUGGUGGGCCUUCUCCCAGCUGCACAGCUGCUGCUCAGCCUCACUCAGAGCAGAGAGCACCGCCGGGGCCUGACGACAAGCAAGUGAACGAGAGCUGGGAGCUGCACCAGCAUCCAUUCCCUCAGUCCCCUCCCAGUCAAGGGAGAAGUCAGAAGCCACCUCUAGGGAGAGUCAGAAGCAGCCCUAGACUAGGCCCAGGACUCUUCUGUUGAGGAGACCAUUGGUUUAGACUUGAUUCUAGCUGGCAACUUCAGUUCCUGGAAGUCUGUAGCUCCAGGGCACACCUAGGCUCCAUUCCUCCUUGAUCUUGGAUCCAUCCCAGUUUGACAUCAAGACACGAUCAUUUCCAGUGCCUAUGAGUUCGGAUGCCAAGAUGCCCUGAAGAGUAAGCAGGACCGGGGCCCUAGGAAGAAAGGCUGUGCACCCUGACGCAAGGGGCAGAUGCUCUGUGGCUUCAAGGGAAGAUUUGGGGGAAUGGGUCACCUCUGGUGUGGGCCUCAAGUACAGGGCAGACAAGGAGACUAGCCUAUGUGCCACAUUUACCCUUAGGCCAAGAGAUGGCUCCCACUAUCAGCCUACCCCUUCCAGAACUUUGCACCUGUGGAGUUGGGUGUAUGCUUUCUCCUGGUUUCUUCUGAAGAAAGACAAGUAGAUUACCCUCUCCUGACUCAGAUCCCCUGGGACUGAUGCUUUCCUGUGGCAACUCCCAGCCAACACCCAGGUGAGGCAUUGCUCUAUAGCUGGGCCUGCAGGCAUUUGGCUCUGGACCUGAAGGGGAUUCUUGGCACCUGUGAACUGGUAGCACCCAGCUGGCCUGUCCACACCUCACCUCGGCCACAUCAGCAAUCUGGUGGAACCUCAUCCUUCUUGUAUCUGGCUGGUACGGAGACACCUGUGUGUCUUAAUGUCCUGUACAUUCCCUGCAGGGUGUCUCCUGCCCUCCUGUGCUAAACUGCAGUGAGUGGUGAGCAGCCGUGGCCUGUUGUGUUGUAGCAGAUGCUGUCCCCAGCCUGGUGUUUCUGUGUCACAGCUGUGAACUCUUACUUUGAUGUGAAACAUCCUUGGUGCUGUGUCAGUGCUGGGCACACUGGACGAGACACUGUUUGCUGUGCACUCAGUGGCUCCCUUCGUAUGUGACCCCUCUGCUCCACGGACAGCCGCACUGAUCUCCUCAUUGCCUUCCCGUUGCUGCCACGGUUUUGUGAGCAAAUGCUGUUGCUGCUGCUGCUACUGGAUGUCUAUUUUCUCAUAAAAGUAAACGUGUUUUCAACCUGC